UGAUUAGUAUUCGAUCGCCGGUCGAUCUGUUUGCAGGCUAUAGCAACAGCGUGUAAACGCGCGCGCCCCAAUAGCAGCGCAACCGUGCGCAAGGCGAAACCGCGAAAACGCAUCGUCGGCAACGUGACCGAGCGAGCCGGGCGCGAUAUCCUCUAUAGGCGGCUGCAUCGUUGGAUGGUAUACUUGAACUUUGUUUAUAUUCUUUGCCUUCAAGAACUGCGAUGCACCUGCAGGGUGAUAGCAAGUCUAUGGCUUUGUAUUAGGAAAAGCUUUCGGUAUCGAUAAUAAAAUUUAGUUGAAUGGUAGUUUGACAUCGGCACUAUUGCAUUGUCCUAAUGUGACACACUUGAAAAGGAAAAUGAACUGUGAAGGUUGUCGUAGUAAUUCAAUUCCAACAGACAUUCCCGGAAUUUAACGUUUCGUGCAAUAAUGCCAAGACCUGGCAAAUGAUAACGCGACACGAUAUGCCAUACCGAACCGCCCCACCGCGUUUGUGUGCAACUUCGGAACACGAUUUAAUAGAGGCAGGAAAACCAAACGAGUCAAGGGAAGAUGACUAAUUAGGGUUGACACCGAAAAGAGAAGUACAGUAAGCUAACCGAUCGCGUAAAGAGUGUCACUGGUUGCUGGGCUGGUAGCGGAUGUGUUGGGGAAAUAUAGUGACAGUGAUUAAAUGGCUCAGUUCAAAUGAUGAUUACAAUACAGAACAAAACGUGGUAAUACAAUUUGAAAACAUAAAGUAACGAAAUUUCGUGAUUUAAUUCAAUAACAUUCAUUAAAUUAGAUAGUAAAAUUGUAAGCAAUGGUGCGUGAAGUACAAGCUCGAUAAUAUUUUUUUUAGCAGAUUCAGAAACGUGUAGUACCUACCAUAACUGAAAGCUGCCAGGAAUCGCAAGUGCUCAAACAAAAUACCUACGAUUGAUCACCAGUUCUCUAGCAUCUAAUAAAAACGUACAGUAGGUAUACUUCUGUCCGACAUGAAGCAAUAAAUCGUCAUCACCGGCUCGAAAGUCAUGCAUAAUUUUUAUUAACACUAGAAGCGCGACUCGUGACAGGCCGUUGCUUCGUGCCGGCUAAUCCUCGACUCGUUAGGAGAACUCCCAUUCUGCUUCGAGUGAGAGGAGGUGAAUAAAUAUCAAAAACGUGACACAAAAGUGCAUAAAAGUCAAGCGCACAAAAAAUCCGCAGUUCGGCAAAACAUAAGCGAAAAAAUAGGUGCAGUGAAGUGAUGUGGAUAUAGUGGCAUGCGAUGACAGGGAAGAUGAAAUGCAGCGUGAUUAAUUGAAAAAUGAUAAAGUUCUUCCUCAAGUGCGAGAGCAGUCUGGUCUUCCGGAAAGCUGGUCGAAGAAAUUGCGACCGAACGACUCCGGCGAAGUUUUGAUCUGAAGGAUCUUGACAGUUCAUCUGAUAGUCUAGAGCCAGAGUGCAGCGACCGGCAAGCCCGAAAGGACAACGCGAGAAGAAAGAAAAACGCAGCAAUUCAUCAUGCUCUCAGCUGAAGCUCCCGUAGGUCACAGCCAUCAUCUCUUCCCAGACCGGCUGAGUGCUCCUAUUAUAACACGCAGAAAGUUUAGCUUCCCGGCGAAUCUCCACUCAACGGUUCUACAUGGCGAUCCCCCGGGAUCGUUUAAUGCUGGAUCUUUACAGCCAUCCAGCACAGCAUCUUCAGCACGUAGACGGUUAAGUAAUGUAAGCGACGUAGUCACCCGGAAGCUAUCCAGCACAAUAGGAUGGAAGCAACCGGUACUGCCUUCGCAGGAUAUAAUAACUCAAGGAAAGUGUCUCUGUGGCCAGUACAUACGCUGCCGACUGAAAAAGUCUGGUGUCUUCAAUAGGAAACUUGGACUACAGAGAAUACGAAGUAUCGUCGGUACGCCAACCAUUCACGUAGUGCGCGAAGUGUUCCCAGCACUAUUAAGUGUGGGCGAAGAGCUUGAACGAAUGUAUCCCCGCGUAUACAACGGAGUAGCUCGCCAACUCAGUCGAAUCGGACGCGGCGAACUGAAAACGCCUGAAACAGCCCCCGUACUGCUGAGUGCAAUAGCGAGGGAUCUGUUUCGUAGUGAUAUCACGUGGGGUAAAGUGGUUUCUUUAUUCGCCAUUGCUGGUGGACUUUCCGUGGACUGUGUCCGCCAAGGGCAUCCGGACUAUCUGCCAAAGUUGAUCGAAGGAGUGGCCGACGUAAUUGAGGACGAGCUCGUUACGUGGAUUUCGGAAAACGGAGGCUGGGUUGGACUUGCGAACAAGGUACGCCCCCCACAGGAGGAAGUGACUUUUGCAGGACGUUGUUUUGUCGGAGCUGGUUUAGUAGUUUGCUUAUUUGUUUUCGUGUUAUUGUUGAAAGCGUUAGGGAUCUACAUGUUUCCAAAAAUAUUUACAUAACAAUACAAUA